AUGUCUGCUCAUUCUUUUAAGCAAAAUCAAGUUUAAAACAAUCCUUAACAAAUACCCUAACCAUUUUCAUACAUUCCAGAUACUCCAACUAAUAAAACUAAUAAAAAAGAUGAACAGGAUUUUUUUCAACUAAGUGUUAAUAAAUAAAGUAGCACUAAAUCAGAUGUUGAAAAUAUAGCUAAUUCUUAUUUUAUCAACAAUGAUAAAAAUAAUUUCACUUUUACUAUUCAAAACAAAUUUCCAAUGGUUUCAAAUUUUACUCUCAAUCAUCAUAAUCAUAAUGUUGAAAAGUAUGAAUAUGAAAAACCUAUCAAAAUACAAUAACCAUCUAAAAUCUAUUGUAAAUUUUGCAAUACAAGAAAACCUACAUAAGUUAUACUCAAAAAUGGAUCUAAUACAUACAUCCUUGUUUGUAUUUUAUUUAUAUUUUUUCUCCCAUUAUUUUGGAUUCCACUGAUAUCCAAAAAAUGUAAAGAUUAACUUGAAAUUUGUGUUGUUUGUAAUCGUUAUGCAAACUCUAUUCCAUUUAGAUUAUUUUGA